GGUGGUUUGCGGCCUUCGCCCAAUCAGGCGCCCCUCACCGCCCAGCAGCCUCUCCACAGUACGCACGAGACCAGUCCCGAACGCUCACCCCGCAAAUUUUGAAAUUAGCGAACACCUUAAAAGCGCGAGUGCAACCUCACCAUGUCUCAUUCCCCAGGUUCCCGCUCCCCCCUGCCCUGGAUACCGGAUCCCCACCCACCUGUGUUCAGGACCUGACUGCGCGUGAAAGAGCUAUGGCUGAGAAGGAUAUUCUGCCGCAGGACGUGCCGGUGGCGACGGGCCCGGACGACAAUGACCAUAGGAAGGCUGCGGACAGGAUCAUCAACGAUGCGAGGCUCGCGACGGAGAAAGAGCAUGCGAUGAGCUUGUGGCAGGGCAUCAAGCUGUAUCCAAAGGCGGUGGGGUGGUCGCUGCUCAUCUCGACGUGCAUUGCCAUGGAGGGCUACGAUGUUUGCCUCCUGUCGAAUUUCUUCGGAUUUCCGCAGUUUAAGAAAAAGUAUGGGCAUCAGCUUGCGGAUGGGACUUAUGAGAUUUCGGCGCCGUGGCAGGCGGGAUUGCAGAAUGGGGUUACCUGUGGAGAGAUUAUUGGGUUGAUGAUCAAUGGCUAUGUCUCUGAGCGAUUUGGAUACAGAUACACGGUCAUGACCUGCCUGACGCUUAUUAUUGCCUUUACGUCUAUUUUCUUCACGGCACAGACGGUCGAGCAUUUGUUGGUUGGCGAGAUUCUGUGCGGAAUCCCGUGGGGUGUCUUCCAGACAUUGACCAUCACCUACGCGUCCGAGGUCUGCCCCGUCGCUCUUCGCGGUUACCUUACCACAUACGUCAACUUCUGCUGGGGUCUAGGCCAAGUCAUCGGCAUCGGCGUGAUCCGCUCCAUGGUCGACCGCGACGACGAAUGGUCCUACCGCAUCCCCUACGCGCUGCAAUGGAUGUGGCCAGUCCCGCUCCUCAUCGGCGUGUGGCUGGCCCCAGAGUCCCCCUGGUGGCUUGUCCGCCGCGGCCGCAUCGACGACGCCAAAAAGUCCCUUCUGCGCCUCACCAGCUUGGACCGCGAAACCGACUUCAACGCCGACGAAACCAUUGCCAUGAUGGUCCACACGACGGCCCUCGAGGAGAAAAUCACCCAGGGCGCCAGCUACCUCGACUGCUUCCGCGGCACGGACCUGCGUCGCACAGAGAUUGUCUGCAUGGCUUGGGCGAUUCAGAAUCUUAGCGGGAACGCGUUUUCGGGGUACUCGUCUUACUUUCUACAGCAGGCUGGGCUUCCGCCGUCGACUUCGUACGACUUUGCAAUGGGCCAGUACGGCAUCAACAUGGCUGGUGUCUUUGGCGCGUGGUGGCUCAUGAAGAUUGGACUCGGGCGACGCACGCUGUACCUCGGUGGCCUCUGCGGGCUCUGCGCCAUGCUCUUCGUCAUGGGGUUCCUCGGUCUGGUUCCUGAUGCGCAUCGCGAGAAGGCCGCACUGGCAACCGGGUCCAUCAUGAUUGUGUGGGCCAUGUUUUACCAGCUCACCGUCGGCACCGUGUGCUACUCGCUCGUCGCGGAACUGUCCACCCGCCGAUUGCAGAUCAAGACGGUCGUCCUGGGCCGCAAUCUGUACAACAUCGUUGGCAUUGUGACUAACGUGGUCACCCCGUACAUGCUCAAUCCGGAGUACUGGAACUGGCGGAACUUCACCGGCUUCUUCUGGGCAGGUCUGUGCUUUUUCUGCAUCAUUUACACGUACUUUAGGCUGCCGGAACCGAAGGGACGUACGUUCGCGGAGCUGGAUCUGCUGUUUGAGAAGAAGGUCCCUGCGAGGAAGUUUGCAAGCACGCAAAUUGAUGUGUUUGAGGGCGAGGCGCUGGAGAACACGACAGUGUUCCACCAGUACGAGGAGAAGACGAGGUUGGCGCCUGUCGUAGGGUAAUUGGUGAUUUGAGGAAGUCAUGAUGAAGAAGUAGAAAUAGCCGCCAACAUUAUUGGCUUAUAAUGUGCCCAAGUAGUAUAUCAUAAUUCAGGUC